GCAACUGUCUUGGCACAAGGAAGCAUAUAAUUAACCUGCAUUUGGUUUUCCUUGAAGGACUAACCUUUGCCAGAUUUGUAGCUGUAAUGUAGUGGAGCAAUGUCUUAUAUGUUUAAAAAUAAGAACACUUCAUUCUCUGGGAUCAGAAAGUAAAGGAAAGUGAUAAAGAGGGAAGGACUGAGAGAUACAUAAGCCUAAACAUCAUUUUCUUCAUAGAGAGGUACCAGAAAAACAAGAUAAAAAUUGAUCUCUCGCUGUAUAGCAGGUUUCCAGAGAUAAGGUAGCCUUGGAAAUCAGAAGUGGAAUGUUAACGUUAAGUGUAGGGCUUGUAUUUUUUGCAGCAUCUCUGCUGUUUGUAGAGUUUCUGAAACUGCAAUGGAAGCGAAGACAACUCCCUCCUGGACCAACUCCAUUCCCCCUCUUUGGAAAUCUGCUGCAAAUGAAGUUCCGAAUUCAUCAUGACAUCCUUAAAAAAAUGAGAAAACUUCAUGGUAAUAUCUUCACCUUAUGGCUUGCAAACACGCCUGUGAUUGUCCUGCAAGGGUACCAGGCAGUGAAGGAGGGUAUGACUGCCCAUGCUGAAGAGGUUGCUGGAAGGCCACAAAACUUAGCCUUCAACAUGUUGACUCAUGGAAAGGGUGUUAUGUUCUCUAACGGUCAUCUUUGGAAGCAACAGAGGCGUUUUGGACUUGUAACAAUGAGGAAAAUGGGAGUAGGGAAAAAAGACCAGGAGUGUCAAAUACAAGAGGAAGCCUGUCGCCUGGUGGAAUACUUGCGGGGAACAAAUGGAAAACCUCUGGACCCCACUAUGCCCAUUAUUCAUGCUGUUUCAAACGUGAUUUGUGCUCUGAUUUUGGGACAUCGCUUCUCUAUAGAAGAUGAAAAUUUUCACCGCUUGAUUGAAGCUGUUGAUGAUAUAUCAGCAUUUAUGAACAGCCGCUGGUUUUAUGUACAUGAUCAGAUUCCCUGGUUUGCAGACCGUUUUUUAACACCUUGUAAGAAGACUUUUUCCGGUGUACAUUUUAUGAGAACUUUGUUAGCAGAGGAAAUUGAACGCUACAAAGAAAAAAGAAAAGCAGAUGAAAAUCAAAAUUUUAUUGGUUAUUAUUUGGAUCAGAUAGCUAAAACUGAAGGAGAUGCUGAUGCUACAUACGACAAAGAAAACUUGAUCCAGGCUGUUUUUGACCUCUUUCUGGCUGGUACAGAAACUACAGCUACCACUUUACGUUGGGCAUUGCUCUAUAUGGUGGUUUAUCCUGAUGUUCAAGAGAAAGUCCAGAAGGAGCUGGAUGCUGUUCUGGGUUCUUCCAAUUUACCUUGCUACAUGGACAGGAAAAGGCUGCCCUAUACAAAUGCUGUAAUUCAUGAGAUCCAGCGAUACAGUAAUAUUGUCUUAAUUGCACUUCCCAGACAGACUAUGAAGGACACAGAACUGCUGGGAUAUCCUAUUCCAAAGAACACUAUAGUUCUAGUAAAUAUUGAUUCCGUUCUGUCUGAUCCUGAAAAAUGGGAAACACCUGAUCAGUUCAACCCAGGCCACUUUCUGGAUAAAGAUGGAAACUUUGUACACAGAGAAGCAUUCUUACCAUUCUCGAUAGGGAGCCGUGUAUGUAUGGGGGAGCUCUUGGCAAGGCUGGAGCUCUUUAUUGUCUUUUCCACCCUGUUGAGGGCAUUCAGGUUCACCCUGCCUGAUGGAGUGAAAGAAGUCAACACAAAGUUUGUUUUUGGAAGUACAAUGAGGCCUCCCCCGUACCAGCUCUGUGCUAUUCCUCGGUAGGAAAUAUUGCUGUACAGAUACAGGGAAGACUUUGCAUGAUUGUUUCUGCAAAUUAAUGCAUCUUAACAUGUCUUAAGAUUUUUUGAUUUCCUCUUCAUUUGGCCAAUCACUAUACUGGAAGGUGCUUUUCAUACAGUUGCAUCUUGAGAAUUUUACCUACAAAGAGUUAAUCUUUUAUUCUUGUUUUCAGUUUGCAAACACUUGGUAUAUUUGUCCUGGUGCAUACUAUUAAAUAAAGAUAUAAUGAGAAGAAUUAGAGCUUGGACUUACUUAUUGCUAACUGGAAGCAGCAUCAAGAGAGAAAGAACUUGAAGCAAGGUCUAUAAAUUAAAAGUGUCAUGAUAAAAUAUCUGUACAUUCUUUCUCAUAAACCACGGUUUGUGGUGAUAGGUGUAGAGGUCAUUUGAUCUGUCCCAGGAUAUCAGUGGAUGGAGGAGUUAAGCUCUUGGGAGAAACCUUCUAAAGAGUGAGCUAAUAUGAUCUGAGAUAAGUACUUUUCCUGAGACUGAACAGGUUUGUUGUUGUGCAACUCUGUCGUUGACACGUGGCAAGAAGUUGAGGGUUUCGCCCACUAAAACAAGUAGUAAUUCUGCCCUUGAGAUGAAAGUAGAGGAAUGGCUUCAUUAAGUAGGUGUGGAGAACUUUUCAUAAUCCAGGCAAGGACCAAGGACUGGAAGACAAAUGACAGCAGCAAGCUAACACAAAGUGUUGAUAAAUAGUUCCUUCUGCCUUUUAUGAACCCAGUGGUUGACAGCAGCAUAAGAACACAUAUUUUUCAUGAUAGGUAGUCAUCUGGCAUUGUUUAGUGCAGAUCCUUCAAUAAUUUAUUCAGCUUCAUUUGUACUUCUCAGUUCUUUAAUGGAUUCUUUAUUACAGAUAGCUGAUGACAUCUAUCACCAUAAAUUAGCAUAUCACCACCAACAGAGUAUUUGGCACUACUGAUGACUUUUUGAAGCCCUUUAUGAGCAUUGUGCUUAAGUACUAAGCAAAUGUGGACAUUCAAUAUUUUGCUAGCUCAGUUACUGACAUUUAACAAAGGAUUUUUUUGAUAGGAUUGAGUGUGCUUUUUCCUAUAUGACGUACAAAAUGGAUACUGUAUUCUAGCAUAUGAGGGGUUAUUUUUAUACACCAAUUAGCUGGUCGUAACUGCUGUAGGACUAAAGUCAUUGUCAGCUGUGUUUGUUUUAGUUACCUCAGCCUAUCUAGUAGUUUAAAGCACCAAAGUUUAACAGGCAGAGAUCUAUGAAAUCAGUAACCUGUGAUGCCAAUGCCAUCUAAUAGGACAUAAAAACACAUCUGGAUACUCUCAUACUGCAGUAAUCCAUGCUAAGUGCCUACUCAUACUCUGUAGGGAAAAAAUGUGCCAGAUUAAAUUAUGUGCCAGAUUAAAUUAUGUGCCUAACAUCUCAAGGUUACUCCACACGCUCAGCUUUGCCAGUGAGUACUGCGAGAGCUUUCUAGCUCUCCUGUCCUACCUAGACUGGGAAGGUCUGGGGUUCCUUCCAAGCAAAAUUUGGAAGGUGCAUGAUGGAUGUGGAGCAGACAUAAGAAUGUACUGGCCAUCCUAUUUCCCACGUAUCACUCUACUCUCAUUUUUCUGCCUCUAUCUUAUCUUCAAAAUUCACUUCAGGUGUUCUCUUGCUUGGUCUGCCUUCCUGCUUCCAAUUUUUGUUCCCUGUUGGCCUCAUUUGUCUUUCUGUUUUUACUGCCCUUCUAUGUUAUGCAGUUGUUUGUCUUACCUUAUCCUUUACUGUUUCUUAAAUUACUUGCAGAGUAGCUGUAGUUACUUUCCCUAACAGCACUGCGUUGUAUGCAUUAAGAUAAAAAGCAGAUGACAGUAUGAAUUGCAGCCUCUUCACUUCAUCAUCAGAGAAAGCAACUUGAGGCUUUAUUGUUACUUAGAGCAGCAAAAAGAUAUAAUAUUGAAAAAGGAGUGGUUGUCAGAAAGCCUAAGGAAAACAAACAAAUAAUGGAUUGAUAAUAUAGAUAUCAGCAUGAGUAAAUGCCAGGUUUUCCUUUCUCUCUCCCUAUGCUUGUUCUCCCCUCCUAGAAGCCCGGCAGGAAACAGGCAAUAGCUGCAGGGCUCCUGUUGAGAUCCAUAUGGUUUACUUUCAAACAUAGCCAUAUUAUUUAUUGUGAAAAUACAUUUAGUUCUGGGAAUGUAAUCAGCACCAGAGUAUCACCAUUCCUACACAUAAAGCACAAAUUACUCAACCCUUGUUUCUUGUUUUCUGAAUGUGAAUCCAUACUCCAAGGAUCUUCCAUGUCCCUGGUGUUAGAACGAAUUUGUACAACCAUUGCUUCAUGAUUUAGGAGACCAGUUGU